UCUGACAGCAUCUAGAUUAUAUUUAAAACACUCAGGGAUGUACAUUUCCUUUAGAACAGAGUGCAAAUAAUAAGUGCCUCACUAAAUGCGUAAUAACAAUUCAAUGUACAUUAGGAACUAAGGAGGAAAAUCAGUAAUAAAGGAAACAGUAUUUAAUGCAGAUUUUCUAUCUCGGCUGACUUUUAUUUGCUGACACUGCAGAAAUGGAGAUCGAAACAAUGGCAGCGAAUUGUGCGCUCUUAAAAGCAAGAGAUGCAGGUAAUGCAUACCGCAAAGGAAGGAGUCGGAAGUGGAAGGAGAUUCUGCGUUUCCCUCACAUAAACGAGUGCAAAGAGCUGGAGAACAGCAUUGAGCGAGAUUAUUACAGCCUGUGUGUGAAUCAGCCCAUUGGAAAACAACUCUUCAUGCUUUUCUGUGCUACUAAAUUUGAGCUGCAGCAUUUAAUUGACCUCUUGGAUGAAAUGGCGAAAUAUGAGGUCACGACUGAUGACCUGAAAAAAACGUCUCGUGAGAAACUCAUCAAUAAAUUUAAAACCUCACAGUCCCCUAAGGUGCGAGAGAUGGUUCACGAAGAAAUGCAGAAGUGCAACUGGAACAUGGAAAACUUCAUCAGCAACUGCCAAAGUGCGCUUCAUGAGUAUCUGAGUGAAGCUCCAUUCUCAGAGUAUCAGAAAAGCAUGUACUUUGACCGAUUCCUGCAGUGGAAGAUGGUGGAGAGACGUCCAGUCACUCAAGACACUUUUCGAGAAUACAGGAUUUUGGGAAAAGGUGGUUUUGGAGAGGUAUGUGCAUGUCAGUCCCGAGCAUCGGGGAAGAUGUACGCAUGCAAGAAACUGGUGAAGAAACGGGUUAAAAAGCAAGGAGGGGAAAAAAUGGUCCUCAAAGAGAAACAGAUUCUGGAACGGGUCAACAGCAGAUUCGUGGUGAGUUUAGCCUACACUUAUGAGACCAAAGAUUCUCUCUGUCUGGUGCUGACUGUGAUGGACGGAGGAGACCUGGGCUUUCACAUCUAUAAAAUGGGCAACGAAAAACUGGACAAAAACAGAAUCCAGUUUUACGCCGCUGAGGUCCUGUGCGGUCUGGACCAUCUUCAUAAACACUCCGUCGUUUACAGGGAUUUGAAGCCAGAGAACAUUCUGCUGGACUAUGAAGGUCACAUUCGCAUAUCUGACUUAGGAUUAGCCGAGAUCUUGCCAGAAAACAAACUUGUGAAUGGCAGAGUUGGAACAGCAGGAUACAUGGCUCCAGAAGUGGUCGCCGGCACGAGCUACGGUGUAAGUGUGGACUGGUGGGGACUCGGGUGUCUGAUCUACGAGAUGACGGCUAAAAAACCUCCGUUUCGUAACCACAAGGAACAGGUAUCGAAAAAGGACCUGAACCAAAGAAUCCUGGAGAAGGCGGAGCUGUAUGGCAAGAUGUUCGAUGAGGAAACACAAGACAUCUGCAAAAACCUCCUGGGUAAAAACCCAAAGGAAAGGCUGGGCUGCAGAUCUGGCCAGGGAGCAGAAGUCAUCAAGAGUCACCAGUUCUUUAAAAACAUCAACUUCACAUUACUGGAGGCAGGAAUGACGAGGCCUCCCUUCAUUCCUGAUCCGAGAGCCAUUUACUGUGAUGAUGUGAGCGACAUCGAUCAGUUCGCUGCGGUUAAAGGAGUCACUCUUGGUCAGACCGAUGAGGAUUUCUACGCAGAGUUCAACACGGGCUGCGUUACUGUGCCCUGGCAGACUGAGAUGAUCGAGACCGAGUGUUUCAAGGACCUGAAUGUGUUCGGGCAGGGCGGGAGUAGGUCACCGGAUCUGGACCGCAGUGCACCGAUCCAGCCCACUUACUCCGAGACACAGUCCAGCAGCCUGAAAAUUCAGUCGCAGCCCCUCAGUCGAAGCCGGCUACUGGGCAAAAUCUUCAGACGCCCCAAGGACGAGCCAGCAGAACCCAUUUUUCGCAAAUCCAGCCCGUGUUAUGAAAAGCUGUGAGAGAGGACUGCACUACACAAAUCCUGUCCGUUUUUUAACUCAUAUUCUAUCCAUUUCUCACCUUUGUUGUUAGACAUGACGGCUUAUGUUACUGUUUAAAUGCUAUUGGAGCCCUUCAAUACCUUACUCACAAACCCUACUGUCUUUUAUUAUUAUUAUUAUGACAUAUGACCAAAGCUGAUGUAAGAUGUUUUGUAUGCUCAAUUUGUAAAUAAAAGAAAACCCAGUGUGUCUUGUA